GGAACAGCUUUCAUCUGGAACUCAUUUCUCUCUGUCUCUACUAGCCAGUUUAGCAUUUAAUUUUACAGAACAACUCAUGGCGCUGGAUGGAACAAAGGAAAUCACAGGGGUCACGAUCAACGCUUGCUCUCUCCUGAUACACCUUCACUCAUAACGGAAGAUAGUCUCAAGUUUUCUUUUUGCUUACAUUAAAACACGCUGGCGUGGACAUUAUUUCAGCUCUCUCCCUUGAAAUGUUCAAUAAGGAGAAUUUGGCCUGAACUUCUGCAUCCCUGAAAUUGACCAUAUGGCUAUUUUACGGAAAUUGAAUCACGUAUUGUUGUUUCUGCUUGUGCUGACAUUCUGUGUGAUAUGGUAUAGCACAAUCUACAGAGUGCCUACCGUGGUGGAGAAGGAUGAAGAUGCUGAAUCAGAAGUGCAGGAUGAAGAUGUAAUUCCUGUUGUCAUUUGCGCUGCUUCAGGCCGCAUGGGUGGCACGAUUGCUGCAAUCAACAGCAUCUACAGCAACACUAAUGCCAAUGUGCUGUUUUAUAUUAUUGGGCUAAGAAAUUCCUUGCUCCAUAUUAGAAAAUGGAUUGAAGGAACUCGGUUGGCUGAUACACGAUAUAAAAUAGUGGAGUUUAACCCAAUGGUCCUUAAAGGAAAAAUUCGCCCUGAUGCAGCCUAUCCUGAGCUUCUUCAGCCGCUGAAUUUUGUUCGUUUUUAUCUACCACUGCUUACUCUGGAACAUGAGAAAGUCAUUUAUCUGGAUGAUGAUAUAAUUGUACUAGGAGAUAUCCAGGAGCUUUACAACACAAAAAUAUCUAGAGGACAUAUUGCAGCAUUUUCUGAUGAUUGUGACUUACCAUCACUUCAAGAAAUUGUCAUGAAAGUAGGAAUACAGAACAGGUACAUGGGAUAUCUUGAUUACAGGAAGAAUACUGUUCAGAAGCUUGGCAUCAGCCCCAGCACUUGUUCUUUCAAUCCAGGUGUAUUUGUAGCCAACAUGAGUGAAUGGAGGCAGCAGCACAUUACCAAAAAACUGGAAAAAUGGAUGAAGAAAAAUGUGGAAGAGAACCUGUACAGCAGCACUGUUGGAGGUGGUGUAGCUACUCCUCCUAUGCUCAUUGUGUUCUAUGAGAAACACUCCACUAUCCCUCCAGACUGGCAUAUUCGACAUCUGGGAUGGAGUCCAGAUGAGCAGAUCUCUAAGAACGUCCUGCAGGAUGCCAAGCUGCUUCACUGGAAUGGACGAUAUAAACCCUGGCAAUUCCCCAGCUCAUACUCCAAACUGUGGGAGAAGUGGUUUAUACCUGACCCUACAGGCAAGUUCCGGGUCCACCGCCUCUGAUCUACAGCAAACCUAUACAUUUAGCACCUGUGUAUUUUCAGAUCAGCAUUAAUGCAAUACGCACAUCAGAAUGUCUUCUUUCAGUUAUUUUUACUGCAAAGAUUAAGAAGCUUUUUAUGUCAUUGUACAUAAGAACAGCAGCACCCUAAAACUACAUUUCCAGUGACCAAACUUUUUUUUAUAUGGCUGAUCACCUACUGAAACAUAUGUACUGCUUUUAGCGUCCGCUCUGGAAUGCAUCCGAAAUGAACUUUUAACAUUAGACUUGUGCAGUGGAUUUUGUAAGAGCAAAGUAUGAAUCAUGGCCCUCAUUCCGAGUUGUUCGCUCGUUCUUUUUCAUCGCAUCGCAGUGAAAAUCCGCUUAGUACGCAUGCGCAAAGUUCGCACUGCGACUGCGCCAAGUAACUUUACUAUGAAGAAAGUAUUUUUACUCACGGCUUUUUCUUCGCUCCGGCGAUCGUAAUGUGAUUGACAGGAAAUGGGUGUUACUGGGCGGAAACACGGCGUUUCAGGGGCGUGUGGCUGAAAACGCUACCGUUUCCGGAAAAAACGCAGGAGUGGCCGGAGAAACGGUGGGAGUGCCUGGGCGAACGCUGGGUGUGUUUGUGACGUCAACCAGGAACGACAAGCACUGAACUGAUCGCACAGGCAGAGUAAGUCUGGAGCUACUCAGAAACUGCUAAGUAGUUAGUAAUCGCAAUAUUGCGAAUACAUCGGUCGCAAUUUUAAGAAGCUAAGAUUCACUCCCAGUAGGCGGCGGCUUAGCGUGUGUAACUCUGCUAAAUUCGCCUUGCGACCGAUCAACUCGGAAUGAGGGCCCAUGUCCCCUCUUCUGCGUGUAAUUUGGAAAUAAAGGCUCAAUACACCAAAAA